AUGAACAAUCAUGCGUCAACCACAUCACCACCUCCACCUCCACCUCCACCUCCACCACCACCUUCAAAGAACUCCGCUGCGCCUAUGCCUGACCGUACGAGCUUGUCAGGUUCAAGAUCACCUCACUCUCGCAACCCCUCUCUUCACCUAGCCCACAUGCCCAGUCCAGCUUCACAACAUCGUCAGAGCUUCACGGAGAGUUUACGCGGUCUACCACCCAGUCCAAGAGCUCAAAGACAACCAUCAUUAUCGCAGCUAGCAAUCCAGGACUUGAUAGACAAUCCCCCUGCGAGAAAUGAUCCCGCUUUUGCUGGUAGAGAUUGGAGAACUGUCACCGUCGCUGAGCUUGUUAGUCCAGAAGACGUGAAGUUUGCCGAAGUCAAUACGGGAGUGGAGGCUGCGACAAAUCUACUUAUCGACUCUGGAGCCCCUGUUCUUCUUAUUCGCGAGAGUCCAUCAUCUCGAUCCGUCACCGGCACGUUUGACUACGCCGACCUCAAUGCAUAUCUUCUUCUGGUGGUCGGCUUAGCCCAGCCAGACGAAGGACAUAUUGAAGACUUCAGAGAGCUAGCAAGAAAAGCACGGACAGGAGCAGUGAUCCCAUUGAAGGAUGUCAAAAACCUUGGAAGAAAAGAACCUUUGGCCAAGCUGCCAAACACCGCAAGCUUGAUCCAAGCUAUCGAGACCUUUGGGAGCGGUGUACACCGAGUAAUUGUGGUCGAGCAGCACACAGAUGAGGUUGUGGGAAUUCUCAGUCAGAGUCAGGUGGUCAAAUUUCUCUGGGAGAACGGGAGAAGCUUCCCCGUGAUCGACCAAUUAUAUCCUCAAUAUCUUAGAGACUUGAAAAUUGGUUCUCACCAGGUGGUCUCCAUCAAUGGCGACAAGCCCUUGACCGAGGCUCUGACACUCCUCAUGGACGAAGGAGUUUCAUCGCUUGCCGUGCUCGACAAUGCUCGUAAUGUUAUCGGCAAUAUCUCUACGGUCGAUGUGAAGCUUCUGACGAAGUCAUCCUCCCUGCCCCUGCUUCGCAAUACUUGCAUACACUUCAUCAGCGUGAUUCUUUCUACCAGAGGCAUGCAAGAUGGCAAGGACUCAUACCCAGUCUUCUAUGUCACACAGCUCAGUACACUGGCUCACACCGUCGCUAAGCUAGUGGCUACGAAGAGUCAUCGAUUGUGGAUCACAGAGCCUGCCUCACCAUCCUCCUCCGGUCCCACCACACCCCUCACACAUACAGCCACCAUGGUGCCCACUUCAUCCCACAGUUCUUCCAUCUCUCCAUCAACACAGGCGAGCCUAAUCGCACCUUCGCCGCCACCCAGCUCCCAUGGCGUAUCCUCCAACUCCGCCUCACCUUUCAUUGCACCGAGCGGACCAUCCAUAUCAGCCAGCGCCAUGCCGGGCGCAAGCAUCAGUGGGCAUCUGGUGGGAGUAAUCAGUCUCACAGAUAUUCUCAAUUUGUUCGCAAGAGCAAGCGGGCUUCAUCCAACAGAUCCCAAUGAAAUCCGGAAAGGCAGAAGACGCUCAAGCAGCAGUAGCGUGCGAAAGAGUGGAGAGCUUGGAAUCAGACCUAGAGGCUCUGUUGACAGCAGCAGAGGGCCUGCUGUAGGCGAUAGGUCAGGAGAUGAUGGGAGUGGGCCAGGAGAAGGUCGGCGAGACAGUUUUCGUCUAAUCAUUGUCAAUGACAUGAAACUGAGGGUGACGCCAAAUCUCUACGAUUCACUGUGCUUCAUCCGGAGAUCAAAGCUUUCUCAACACCACUUCUGGAUCGACGCAAUCUGUAUCGACCAGCAACAUCUGGACGAACGCAGUGCACAGGUUAUGUUGAUGGGCGGCAUCUACGAACGUGCAGACAAGGUUGUUAUAUGGUUAGGCAAGGAAAAUGCCCAUGCGGGAAGGGUACUCCGUAUGGUUUUGCGGUUGGCGCACUCGUGGACAGAACUUCAAGCUGAGUUUGGCCUUCCCAGGAAUGCAAAUGCUGAGGCUUUCCGACCUUUCAGAGACCCGUACGGGUACGGAAAUCCAGUGGUAUUCCGUCGCCUAGGUCUCGAGGAUACCACACAACCUGACUGGCUUGGUCUCUUCCUUUUCCUGCAGCGCCGAUGGUUUCAGCGUCAGUGGAUUUUGCAGGAGGUUGUUCUUUCACGUCAAGUUGAGAUGUUCUGGGGUCCUUACUGGAUCCAGUUCGAGCACAUAGUCAAGUGUGCCAACCUUCUGCAGGCAACCUCAAUGGCAGUUUUAAGUGUUGGGGGGAUCAUGGCAGUGCCCGUGGCCUUCUCAAUCCAAAGCAUUUGGUCCCUGAUUUAUGAGCCGAUCGAUGUUUGGCUCGACACCGAUCUCCAAGCUUAUUCGUCCGUGAUGCAUGGUGUGUUCGAUCUUCACGGCAAUCCCGCGAUUCUGCUCGAUCUAUUUAUCUUUAACGCUACUGCACACACUUCAACGGACCCAAGAGACAAAAUAUAUGGCUUAUUAGGUAUGGUCCAGAAGGUGAACAGCUUUUAUGUGCUUCAGCAAGACAUGCUGAAGGUCGACUACCGCAAGGGCACUGUGGACGUAUACUGCGAUUUUGUUCGAGCUAUCAUGCAAAGUACGAAGACUCCACAAUACAUUACGAAGGUUUGGGGCAGAGAGUGCGUUAAAUCAGACGUCCACAACUUGCCCUCUUGGAUGUCUGACUUCAGCAUUCCGCAGAUCACUACGUGGGCGGUAGAUGUGAUGGUGAACACAAAGACAAGCUUCAGUGCUUCAAAGGUCUCUCCGACCCCAACUCUAACAUUCACUGCUGACGGCCAUUUGCUUCGACUCCAUUGUGUCACAUUUAGCGAGAUUGUUCAAUUUGGGGAGUACAUCGAUGACAAUUUCUAUACUGAUCGCUUUGAAGAAAGCGUCUUGCAUCUCAUGCUGGAGACGCCUGGACCAUACUCAACAGGACAGAAUGUGGUUGAGGUAUUGUGGAGAACCUUGAAUAUGCGAUUAUGA